AUGUACAGCUUACCAGUCGAGCUUCUCGAUAGCAUCGCGCAGUAUCUUUCUUGCUCUUCUCUCGCUUCUCUUGCUCAAACAUGCUCCGCUCUCUGUCCAGUGGCACACCGCGUCCUCUACCGUAGUGUAUCGGCUUCCGCCUGGUCGCAAAACUUAUGUGUCAUCGACACUCUUGCGAAGAAACCGCAUGUUGCGCGUUUCGUGCGGUCCUUUUACAUCGCUAUAGAUUCGCUUGCUCCCGUCUUCCUCGCCUAUUAUCGCCAACUUGCUAAAGCCAUUCUUAAUAUGUCAGAGUUAACCUCUCUUACUCUUCUCGUGGAUUCGAGCGUGAGCUGGGUGUUGAAGGAAGCGUUCCUUGAUAGAACGCCGUCGCUUCUUGAGCUUGAAGUAGAUUCUAUCCCUACCGUGUUCAUGCGCAAUUCCCCACUCCCUUACCUCGCUCCAACUUCUAUUCCCCAACUGCAACAGUUCAUUGGCUCAUCCCGGGCAGCCGAAUUAAUUGUUCCCGGCCGUCCGGUGAGCAGUAUUCAUCUGAACGGCGAAGGCCUUAUGGAGGAUGAUAUUCCUCUGCUUGCCCGCUCGACUGUCCCUGUAAUCAUCCUGGGAGCUGUUACAAAUGCACCUCCUGUGCCCUUCUUGGAGACACUGCACAGGCAUGUGCCUCACUUAGUCUAUUUGCGACUGAUGUCAACUAAGGACAUCUUCAUUGCUCCAACUGCCGAAUUCUACGAGCAGGUGGCCAGCGUUCUGACGUCCUUCACGGAGCUCAAUGCAUUCGAGUUCUCCGGGAUGCACUGGGACUCUCAGGUAAAGCAAAAUGACGGCGCAAAGAGGGUUUGGCAGUCAGCGCCCCUUCAAAUCAGGAACCAUCCUGAGGAUGACCUGCUUUUUGGUUCAGAAAUCUUCCUUGCGUAUUGA